AUGGAUGCAGCCGCCCAAUCCGGCGGCAGACCCCUGAAUGACUACAUCUGGAGUGGUCCAGAUCUCCUAAACUCCCUGUUUGACCUCUUACUCUCAUUCCGAGUGGCAAUCUGUGGCGAUAUCGCCGAGAUUGUUCCGAAUCGAUUCUGUCAACAGUACCCUCAAGCAGCACAAGCCGUGAUGGACUACCACUACGUGGAUGAUUUUAUAUACAACGGCGACGACUACGUGGAAGUCGGAAACAUCGCAACUCAAGUCAGAGAUAUCUAUGCAGCAGGUGGUUUCCACAUACGCAAUUGGUCUUCGAACUCAAAGGAGGUCCUACGAAUACUAAAGAGCGAUUCGCUGCUCCCCGAAGCUGUCAAAAUUACCGCCACAGAAAAGGUACUCGGCUUAUAUUGGGUGCCGAACUACGACGUAUUCACAUUCAUCUGCGACAAAACCAAACGCGAGCACUUGCAGGUACUUAUGUCAAUGUUACCUUUCUAUAAAAUCAUGGUGCCUACUUCUGAUAGCGUUCGUUACGAAUAUAUAGUAUCAAAACUUCUCGCUGAAGAGCACCCAGUAAUGCUUGUUGGAAAUGUUGGUACUGGGAAAACAUCGACUGCUGUCAGUGUAAUGGAAGCAUGUGAUAAAAAUAAGUACUGUAUAUUUACUAUAAACAUAUCCGCACAAACUACUGCUGCUGGGCUUCAAGAAUCUAUUGAAAAUAGAACAGAAAAACGUACAAAGACACAAUUUGUUCCAAUUGGUGGAAAACGAAUGAUAUGUUUCAUGGAUGAUUUUAACAUGCCUGCAAAUGAUGCAUAUGGUUCACAACAACCGCUUGAGUUGAUUCGCCAAUGGAUUGAUUACAAGUACUGGUUCAACCGUAAAACUCAGCAAAAAAUUUAUGUGCAGAACACAUUAUUGGUUACGGCAAUGGGGCCUCCAGGUGGGGGUCGUCAAGUAAUAUCGUCCCGUACUCAAAGCCGGUUUGUUUUGCUAAACCUUACGUUUCCUACUCAUGAAACUAUCGUUCGUAUAUUUGGAACUAUGCUAAGGCAAAAGCUUGAAAAUUUUUCCAACGAAGUUCGAGAAUUAUGGCUGCCACUUACACAAUGCACUAUUUUUCUUUAUAUCAGUAUUAUCAACAAAAUGCUUCCUACUCCAAACAAAUCACAUUACCUAUUUAAUAUGAGAGAUAUAUCAAAAGUAUUUCAAGGUUUACUUAGAAGUCAGCCAGAAUUACAAUCAAAAAAAAAUGUUCUUUUACGUCUUUGGAUACAUGAAAGUUUUAGAGUCUUUAGUGAUCGGCUCGUUGAUGAUACUGACCAAGCAUGGUUUAUUAAUAUGCUAAAUGAGGCACUGGGUAAACAUUUCGAAGUAACAUUUCACAAUCUCUGUCCUUCAAAGCAAGCACCGCUUUUUGGGGAUUUUGCACAUCCACAAGGAUUUUACGAAGAUCUGCAAAUGGAUACUUUACGUACCUUUAUGAUUAAUCAAUUAAAUGAGUAUAAUAAUUUUCCAGGAAUGGCUCGAAUGAAUUUAGUAUUCUUUAAAGAGGCAAUCGAGCAUAUAAUUCGAAUAUUGCGGGUGAUAUCGCAGCCACGCGGUCACAUGCUUAAUAUGGGUAUUGGAGGAUCCGGACGCCAGGUGCUUUCUAAACUAGCAGCAUUUAUUUAUGAAAUGGGAAUAUUCCAAAUCGAAGUCACUAAAAAAUAUAAAAUGAUGGACCUACGAGAAGACUUAAAACAAUUAUAUAAAUUAACAGGAAUUAAGCAACAUGUCACCAUUUUUAUUUUCAGCAACGAGCAGAUUGCGGAAAUUUCCUUUUUAGAAAUAUUAAAUAAUAUGUUAAGUACGGGGGAAAUAAAUUUGUUUAAGUCAGAUGAAUUUGACGAACUUAAGUCAGAUUUAGAGCGCCCCGCCAAAAAGGCCGGAAUUGUCUUGACUACUGAAGCUUUAUAUUCUUUUUUUAUGCAUAACGUUCGCGAUUAUAUGCAUAUUGCUCUGUGUUUUAGCCCUAUCGGUGAAAGUUUUCGAAACUACAUAAGGCAGUAUCCCGCGUUAUUAAGCGCUACAACUCCCAAUUGGUUCAGGUUAUGGCCACAAGAAGCUUUAUUAGAAGUAGCAUCCCAUUUUCUACAUGGCUUUCAGCUAAAUGUUGUGAUUCCCGGAAAAGAGAUAGAGAAACAUCGCGACAGUUUGGUUAUGACUACAGAAAGUGUGCUUCAUCGGGAAAUUGCCUUUGCGUUUUCAAUAAUACAUUCUAGUGUUGCUAAAGUAGCUGAUAUCAUGUUGGCAGAAGUCAAGCGGCACAAUUAUGUAACAUCACCUAAUUAUUUACAGCUUGUCAGUGGUUUUAAACAUCUUCUCGAAAAAAAACGUUUAGAAGUGUCUACUGCGGCAAACAGAUUACGAAAUGGUCUUUCUAAGAUUGCUGAGACACAGGAAAAGGUUUCAAUUAUGUCGGAGGAAUUAAAAACGAGUUCAGAGCUGGUUAAGGUUUUGGCAAAAGAAUGUGAGGAGUUUAUUUCCAUGAUUGAAAUACAAAAGUAUGAAGCUACUGAACAGAAAGAAAAAGUUGAUGCCGAAGCCGUUGUUAUCAAGCGCGAAGAAAUUAUAUGUCUCGAUUUAGCAGCGACCGCUCGCGCCGAUCUCGAAGUGGUUAUGCCAAUGAUUGAUGCUGCUGUAAAAGCACUGGAUGCGUUAAAUAAGAAAGAUAUCGCUGAGGUAAAAUCGUAUGGAAGACCACCUAUGAAAAUAGAAAAAGUAAUGGAAGCUAUUUUAAUACUUCUUGGUAAAGAUCCCACUUGGGAGAAUGCCAAAAAGGUACUUAGUGAGUCCACUUUUUUAAAUGACUUAAAGAACUUCGAGCGUGAUCAUAUAUCGGACAAAACAUUAAAACGAAUCGCUAUGUAUACGAAAAAUCCCGAACUUGAGCCAGAUAAAGUCGCUGUUGUGUCAGUUGCUUGUAAGUCUUUAAUGCAAUGGAUUAUGGCUAUAGAAAACUAUGGUAAAGUUUUUCGAAUUGUUGCUCCAAAGCAGGAAAAACUAGACAAUGCUAUGAGGUCACUGGAGGAAAAGCAAGCAGCACUAGCAGCAGCGAAAAAAAAACUAGAGGAACUUCAAACGGUAAUUGAAGAACUUUACCGACAGCUUCAUGAAAAAACAGACUUGUUAAAUGAACUUCGAACGAGAGAAGAGAGGCUACGAAAACAAUUGGAACGAGCAAUUAUUCUGGUAGAAUCUCUUUCUGGGGAACGAGAACGCUGGAUUGAAACUGUGGCCCUUCUAGACCUUUCAUUUGAAAAACUACCUGGUGAUUGUUUGUUAUCGACAGCUUUUAUGUCUUAUUUGGGUGCAUUUGAUACUAAAUACAGAGAUACACUUCUGACUAUGUGGUCCCAACUUAUUAAAGAUUUACUUAUACCCGCCACAUCAGAGUUAAAAAUCACACAUUUUCUUAGUGAUGCUGUUUCAGUUAGAGAAUGGAAUAUUCAGGGGUUACCUGCUGAUGAUUUGAGCACUGAGAAUGGUGUGAUAGUUACUCAAGGAAGCCGAUGGCCUCUUAUUAUUGACCCCCAGAUGCAGGCAAACAAUUGGAUAAAAAACAUGGAGGAUAAUAAUGGCCUUGUAGUGAUGGAUUUAGGAAUGAGUGAUUACCUACGACAAAUAGAAAAGUCUAUUAAAGAUGGGUUGCCCGUUUUGUUACAAAAUAUAGGCGAAUCUUUAGACCAGGCUAUAAAUCCAGUUUUACGACGAAGCUUCACAAUUCAGGGCGGUGAAAAGUUACUCAAAUUCAAUGAUAAAUAUAUAGCUUACAACAGUAAGUUCAGACUUUAUAUUACAACCAAAAUAUCAAACCCGCAUUAUCCUCCCGAAUUAUCUUCAAAGACAACUAUAGUAAAUUUCGCGUUGAAGCAAGAUGGCUUAGAGGCACAAUUACUGGCCAUUAUUGUGCGCAAAGAAAAACCAUCACUUGAAGAGCAAAAAGACGAGCUGGUAAUGACCAUAGCACGCAACAAACGGACCCUUAUUGAUCUAGACAACGAAAUACUUCGAUUACUUAAUGAAAGUCGCGGAUCUUUAUUGGAUGAUGAUGAACUAUUCUCUACUUUACAAAAAUCACGGCAAACGUCUGUAUUGGUGAAGGAAUCUCUUAGUAUAGCAGAAGUAACGGAAGUUGAAAUAGAUGCCGCACGUCAGGAGUAUAAGCCAGCAUCGGAGAGGGCCGCGAUUUUGUUUUUCGUACUAAUGGAUAUGUCCAAAAUAGAUCCAAUGUAUGUGUUUUCAUUAGCGUCAUACAUACUACUAUUCACGCAGUCUAUUGAACGGAGUCCCCGAAACCAGCUGGUUCACGAGCGAAUACAAAACAUUAAUGACUAUCACACUUACUCGGUGUACAAAAAUACUUGCCGUGGUCUGUUCGAGAAACAUAAAUUAUUAUUUUCCAUACAUAUGUCAGCCAGAAUACUUUCAAAUGCCGGAAAACUUGUAGAGGACGAAUAUGAAUUUAUUCUUAAAGGAGGUAUAGUUAUGGAUAAACAAGGACAGGCACCCAAUCCAGCACCAUGGUGGAUCACUGAGCAAAAUUGGGAUAAUAUUACAGAGUUGGACAAAGUCUCCGGGUUUCAUGGCAUUAUUAGCUCGUUUGAACAAAGUUUUAAAGCUUGGAAUGGAGUGAGUCUACCGUUUCUGGCCAAUACAGCUAAUCUUCAUAACGGAUUGUGGACCCAAGGACAAAUGAGUAACGCGGCUGGAAUGCAGCAUGGACCUGGAAGCCAACUGUCGGCCACCGAACACUCGACGUUAAGCACUGGAGUGCACUCUACGAAUUUAGGACACAAGAAAGCUUUAUUGUCAUCGGAACAGAUAGCGGCCCGCCAAGUACUGAACAAAGACUUACCCGUGUUUUCCGGUAAGCCAGAAGAGUGGUUGUUGUUUAUAAGCCACUAUGAACAAUCUACUGAAAGAUGUGGAAUUAGUAACGAAGAGAAUCUUAUUCGGCUCCAAAAGUGCUUAAAGGGAGCGGCUUGGGAUGCCGUUCGAGGAAAGCUAAUGUGUCCAGAGACGGUGCCGUAUGCAAUCGGUAUGUUACGAAUGCUAUACGGAAGACCGGAGAUUAUUCACUCGAGCCUACAAAGGAAACUAAGAGAAGAACCAGCGGCACGCUCAAAUAAUUUGGAUUCGGUUAUUCAGCUAGCCUUGGCAGUGCAGAACUAUUGCGCAACACUGGUCGCAAUUGGGCUUAAAGAGUAUCUGCACGAUCCAGCUUUACUAGGCGAGCUCGUCGAGAAGUUGCCGGGAGAAUUGAAACUCGAAUGA